ACCUUUCCUUUCUCCCCGAAUGAGUGGUAUAAACGGUGGCUUAGACUACUCUCUUGACUUGAAUGAUUUCUCUCCAGAAAUUCAGGAGCAAAUAAAAACUCUUCAGAAAGGAGUUCAGACUCCCAGAGAACUUAUUGAAACAACAAAGAUACUUGCUGGUUACACGGAUAAGAGAAUAGUGCCUGUGCUUGUAGACAUUCUUGGAUUCAAUAACCCUGUUGCAGCAAGAAUUGCAAUGGAAGCUGUAGUUGGUUUUGGAAUCGAAUCCAAAGGAUUCUUAGUGAAAGCAACAGGGGCUUUCAAUUACGCAGUUAAUGCAUAUGCAUUGAAAGCCCUUGGUUUGCUUGGAUUUCCUGAUACCAUAGAAGUUUGUUUACAUCACGCUUCACAAGGAACAGUUCCCAAUGUUCGAAGAGCAGCUAUCAUUGCUAUAGGAAGACUGCGUUACCGAGAAACUGAGUUGCUUUCUGUUAUCGAAAGUUUAUCAGCUUUUCUUUAUCAAACCGACUGGUCUGUACGCUAUGCGGCUGUUGUAUCCAUCGAGUCUCUUCUUAGGCAAUAUUCAAGACAAAGAAAUCAUAGAGUUACUACAGUUGCAAAGUUGAAAGAAAUGGCAAGUUCAGAUGACGAUUUUCUAGUUCGUUGUAGGACAGAGUUGGCUUUGCAAAGAGUUGAAAGGCAAAAUUUGUCGUAAAAAUGAUAAAAUACUUUUUUUUCUACGGAUAAACUUAAAAGCACUCAG